CAUUACCGAUGGGUAGAACAGAUAUGUCAAAAACGCUGAACGCUUAUAGAAUCAAAAAAAUAGAAAACAUUGGUAGAAUGACGGCCAUGACGCAGGAAGAAAUUAUAGCUGGUGCCAGAAUUGUGGCUCAGGGUUUGGAAGCCCUUCGUCUAGAACAUGGAGGACUUUUACAAGCCCUACAAACUCAGGAUGAAUCAGUCGCUAGGGACAAAGCCAGCCUGUUGUCAAAGAACAUUGAAAUGAUAGAAUUGGGCCUUGGUGAAGCUGAAGUUAUGAUGGCUCUUGCGAAUCAUUUACAAGUGGUCGAGGCUGAGAAGCAAAAGCUUAGAACACAAGUAAGAAGGUUAUGUCAAGAAAAUGCCUGGUUAAGGGAUGAGUUGGCUGGAACUCAGCAAAAAUUGCAAUCCAGCGAGCAAACAGUAGCCCAAUUAGAAGUGCACAAGAAUCACUUUGACUUCAUGGAAAGUAUAAAACAGUAUGAUCCUGAUCCAUCUGCAGAUGAUGAGAAUGUUAAGGUUAGACCAAAAGUUGACCCAGUGAUCGAUCUGUUCCCUGAUGAUGAUCCAGAUGACCGGAAUAGUAAGUCGAUAUCACCAACACCGCCUUUACAGUUUGCACAACAAGUGAACGCCGGAUAUGAAAUACCCGCGCGCUUACGUACGCUGCACAAUUUGGUUAUACAGUAUGCAAGUCAAGGCCGUUACGAGGUGGCCGUACCUCUAUGCAAGCAGGCGUUGGAGGACCUGGAGAAGACUUCGGGUCACGAUCAUCCUGAUGUCGCUACAAUGCUGAACAUUCUUGCUUUAGUAUAUAGAGAUCAAAAUAAGUACAGAGAGGCGGCAAACUUAUUGAAUGAUGCCUUGGCCAUUCGUGAAAAAACAUUAGGUGAGAAUCACCCAGCGGUCGCUGCCACGCUGAACAACUUAGCCGUUUUAUAUGGAAAGCGAGGCAAAUACAAAGAGGCCGAGCCACUGUGCAAACGUGCUCUGGAUAUUCGAGAAAAGGUCCUCGGUCGUGAUCAUCCGGAUGUUGCGAAACAACUGAACAACCUCGCGUUGCUAUGCCAGAAUCAGGGAAAGUACGAAGAGGUGGAACGUUAUUAUGAGAGAGCGUUAGAGAUCUAUGAAGGAAAACUUGGACCUGACGAUCCUAAUGUCGCAAAGACGAAAAACAAUCUGGCGUCAUGUUACUUGAAACAAGGCAAAUACAAGGACGCAGAAGUUUUGUAUAAACAAGUGUUAACUAGAGCACACGAGAAAGAGUUUGGUGCUAUUGCUGGCGAUAAUAAACCAAUCUGGCAGGUUGCUGAAGAAAGGGAAGAGAAUAAGCACAGAAAUAAAGAAAAUGCUCCAUAUGGAGAGUACGGUGGUUGGCACAAGGCCGCCAAGGUGGACUCACCUACAGUAACGACUACCUUAAAGAAUCUUGGUGCAUUAUACCGAAGGCAAGGAAAAUACGAGGCAGCAGAAACAUUAGAAGAUUGUGCUUUGAGGUCACGAAGAGAGCAGACAUUGGAAUUUGUGAAGCAAGGGAAGGUCGCGCAGAUUUUAGGGGAUGAAAAGGGUUCGACGAGACGCGGUUCGCAAUCCAGUCUCGCUAACAGCGAACACGAGCAAAUUGACGGGUUUCAGUUUGGCAAGACUUUCUUUCGUGUGCAAUAAAGGAUACUAUACUAUACGCAAAACGACAACUUCAGGACGACGAAAGAGGGCUCUGCAUUGUUUACUCGAUAAACAUUCGCUGACGUCCGUUUCAAUCUGGGAUUGUUUAACGUAUAACAGCACAUUCCAGCUGCUUUUUUCUCGAUCAGAUCAGACGCACCUAAAUGAAGUACUCCUCGGCACGUUUGCUCGUGCUCGACACACGGAACGAUUAAAAGCUUCGUGCUAGCGACUGACUAUAAUCUGGAUGAUAAAGAGAGAGAGAAAACAGGAAAAAAUGGUUGCAAGGCGAAUUGGUCUAAUCUGCUUCGAACGUGUAUCUCAAUCAAAAAGAAAACAAAUCGAAUCUAAGCGAAUUUUUGGCGUUUUUGUGUUUUACAAGCGAAAAAAGUAAAAAAAAUAUAUAUGGAGAGACAGAUAUAUAUAAUAUUCACUGCUUUACGUUGACCUAAAAGGAACCUUGAUGUAUUCAAUCUUCUCCUCGCAUUGUACAGAAACAGCGACGAACAGUUUUCUUCUCGCGACACCACAUGCGUCCAUAAUUGCAUCUAUACAUGCACAUAAUCGGUCCAUAACACACGCGUAUACAUAUCCCUUUCGUUGAUCAUUAUACCGUGAAAUAACGCGACGAACGUGUAAUCAUUCCAGGUACCUCUUUAGAGCUUUUCUGACUCGACAGUCGUACUUUUUUACAUUUAAACAUAGGGGGAAAAUCGUAUGUGGCUUAGCAUUAAUUAAAUGUAUUUACACAUACACACACCCACAUGGGCGCACACAUACACCGGAUACACCAAACA